AUGGGGGAGAGAGCACGCACAGAGCUGCGCUGGAGAGUGCUGGUGGGAGAGAAAGGGACCGGACCAGGGGUAUAUUUAUAUGAACAUGAUAUAGAUUUCAAGCCAGUGGAGAAACCCAGGCAUUGCCUUCCCUAUGCUUCAGUAUCUGUCAGAUUUCUUCGGCAGACAACUGGGACAGUUCUCAUACCAACAGCAAGACUGAUACUGCAGUCUGAAAAAAAAGUGUUCCAAAGCAGAUUAAAAAUAGCAUGGUUAUUUUUCACAGAAAACGAAAAAGAAGUAGAAAAAAAGCAGGCAUCCUUUGAACAUAUUGCUGAAUGGAAAUUUAAUUUUCAAAAAAAAUAUAAGAGACGUGGGAGACCUCCACCAAACAAAAGGUCGAGUGUGUAUUGCAAAGAUGAUCCACUCUCAACAGGAACAACAGAAAUACAAAGAGUAUCGACUCUUGGGAAUGCAGAAGAUGGCUUGGUGCUAAAGCAACCCUACCCAAGGGAAGUGACUGAUACCUCUGAAAAUUCAUGGUGCAAUCUAAAUACAAGAUCAUCAACCCUUAUGCCAGCUGCAAAAUUCAGUGUGCAUAAAAGGCAUAGAAACCCUGGCCACAGAAUGGGGAUCGUUAGUGUGUAUGGAAGCAACCCCUAAAGUAGAUAGGGUGCAGGAGAUAAAACAUUUCAUAUUAAAAAAUUAUUGUAUAAUACGAUUUAUGCAAAAAGUUCCCAGGAAAAAAUAACCCUUUAAUA